CUGGCUGUAUAGUAGUGUUACAUGCAUGGUUAUCGGGUCGUGUAACCUCUCGCGUAAGGGUUUUUUAUUAAAUAAUAUUUACUUUUUAUUAAAUAAUAUUUAAUAUUUGUCGUCAUAAUUUAACUAUUAAUUUAAAAAGAAGUAGCGACUACUAGUUUGCAAAUUCUUAUUCAAUGGAAUAAAAUUAGUUUUGCUAAGGAUUAAGAUAACCUAAAAUGGCUUCUGAACCUUUGUGGAAGAGACCUAAAACAAACGACGAUGAAGAUGAACUUCUGCGGCAGCAAGAGGAAUUUUUAAAGGCGAAAGAACAACCAUUUGCGAAGAUAAUAAAUUUGAAAAAUUCUUCCAAAAACAUUGAAAAUAAUAUACGUGCCUCUUGCAAUGCAAUGCAAGAGGGCAAAAGGAGAUCGCAUUUUUCCAAUUUAAGGAGGUGUAGGCUGAAACAAGAAAUAGUUUCUACUUCACAGAGCAGCGGAGGAAUAAUACAUCCUGUUGUUGAACAAAAAAUGGAGGAACAGAAGCUGGCAGAUGCAGUACAGAAUAUCCCUAUUGAACUGUCGAACAUAAUACUUGGUAAUAUUGUAGAAAAAACAUACCAGAUCAAAAAGUAUAAGUUUGACAACAGUCGAGUCUCCCUUGCAAGUGAAAUGGGAUUUCCUCAAGUUUAUGGGGUUGAUGUUAAGAAGACUAAUGGUAAUCAGAGUUUAUUCUGGCAUAAAACAUCAAUGAAGGCACCUGUAAGAUAUAAUUCAGUGAAUAAUCAAGGAAAUGAACGUAAUAACAAGGAACAGAUUAGUAUUGUAAAUGAUGAUCAAAUGGCCAUUGAGGUUCAUAAUGAAAAUUUGGAGAAAUUGGCUGAAAUGAGUAAAGCAGAGAUAUUGAAAGAAAAGAAGAAUCUCGAGAAAACUCUUGAUCCCAGCAUAAUACAUUUUUUGAGAAAUAAGAAUAAGAAAUCAGGAAAGAGGUCGCUUAAUCAGGACGGUACAAUGCAAUGUGAUCUGUCGACGAAUGAUGCAAGAAUGAAUGCAAAUGAACCUAAAGACAAGAAUAUAAAGCUUUCUUCGGAUGACGACGAUACAAAAAUGGACUGUGAGUCAGGUUUGGUAGACAUACCGAAGUCAUCUAAGAACAUAUUAGAGGAAGGCAAACAGAAAGGAUGGCUCCACAUGGAUAGCCCGGAACCAGAAAAGUUAAAAUGGAUGGACGAUUUGUCCGUGAGAAAGAACGAUGAGUCGGCUCCGGAAGAAUACUACAAUGCACGAUUCGAUUUUAAUGGUCUCUUGUUGCCGUACAAAGACGAAAGCUUGACCGUCGACAAAGGCCUCCACCAUCACGGAGAAGAGCCUGAACGUCCUGGGUAUUCCCUGCAGGAGUUGCUACAGCUCAGCAGAUCUUCCACGCAGCAACAACGAUGUACAGCCCUUACUACACUGUCCAAUAUCAUGGAGAAGACGCGUAGAGGCUGGUACGACAAGGCCCUGCAUCCAGCACCGUUGAGCGCGCUCAGCCAGAAGAAUAUUCUGUUGCUGCUGAGAUUUUCUCUAGACGACACGUCUGUGGCGGUGGUGACGGCAGCGUUGCAAACGCUCCGAGCUUUCCUGUGCAGUGAAGCGGAUGAGGUGUGCCUGGACAGACUGUACGGGCUCGACGAUUACGCAGAACCAACCCUGACGCCGCAGCUCGAGGACAGGAACACGAGUAGUCUCAAAGAUCACGAGCUGGCGCAAUUGGACGCCGUGGCUGCGUUACUGAGAUCGGACUUCCUUUUGAGAAUCAGGUAUAUAUUGAGUGAAAUGCAUCCACCGUCUAUUGGGGUGACGAGUGCCUUAGAGAUACUCAUUCGCAUUGCGAGACAUUCGCACAUUGCGGCGUUGAACAUCUCAUCCACGCCGCAGUUGUUGAACACCAUCAUUCACAGUUUUAUGCCACUGUCUACGGAUCGAUUAGCGAUGCAGGACGUGAUAAGCAAUGCUUACGGAAUCCCUGCGGUCAAGGCCGUUAAAUUAUGUCGCGUCCUCGUUACGUACGGUAAGAAGCCCGUCGCGCAAAAAUUGAAUAACUUCAAAGUUAUCCAGAUCAUUCUGACAUACAUUAGCAGCGAAACAGGAAAGAAAGAUGACAUAAAUCUGAGCAUCGAGAGCCUGCGACUUUGGCGUUUGUUAUUGCAUUACGAAGUUGGGCUGGACAGUGUCGCCGGCUCUCAGUUGACCCUUAUGUCGCAGUUACAGCUGUUACUGAGCAAUCAUGAUAUUCAAAGCGCGUCCGAGUUAGCAUGUGAAUACGCAGCUGCGUUAAUCGCCGUGGCGAGUCGUGAAAGGACACUGAAACCAAGCAUCUCUAUCUUGUUAGCGAAAUGGAGUACUCAGCUGUCAGUGGUAUCUAACAUGACGUGGGGCGUUAUGAAGUUAAUCGCGGAGACUUUAUCGGCGGUCGGGGAGACAUCGGCAUUCAGAACCAUGUGGAUAUUCAAUCCGAAUCUUUUCUCGACGUUUCGAUCUAAUUCGAAUUUACUGUGCAAGCACAAGCCGGCUACCGAUCGAGAGCCUUCCAGUCUACCGAGUCUGGGUGUUCUGACGGAGGACGGAGAGCUGCUGCCGAUCGUGUCUCUGAAUUCGUGCGUACCAUUCUUGACGACGGUGCUGAACAAGUUUCGCGACGACUCGCGCCUGACGGAAAUUCGCGCGAUGUUCGAGCAGCCGUCCCUCCGCAAGUACGUGCAGGACCUGGAAACCGCCGAGUGGAGCUUCGAGAGAUCGUGGUACAGCAGAUCGGAGCUGUGCCUGUUAACGGCAAUGGUGAGAGCGGCGUCCCUUCUGAACGACACGUUCGACGACGCAACGUCGCAAAUCGUGCGGAGGAUCACAAUCAAACUCGUGUCGGCUCUACCCGCGGACGCUACCCGUCACGUGAAGGAGCUCCUGCGAGUCGCGCUGUCCAACGAGAGGGUGAACCUAGGGAUAGUUACGAACGAGUUGGCCAAGCUGGAUCUGACCUCCGCCGCCGCCAUUCCGGUGAAUCUAUGCAGCGACGUGGCCUCGCUCUACGAGAGUUACGUCAGCCCGAACGGAGACUGGAGUCAAGCGGCGAUGCCCAAAGACUGGCUCUUCCUGCCGUUGGUUAACACGUACACCAAGUGCAGGAACAACAUCGGAUUGGAAGAUACCAAGCACGUGGUGACGGUGCUGAGUCUAGCGUUGGUCUUGCCCGAUCUCAUGGAGGGAUUGUCGCCUACUCUGAAAUUCAGUAGACUGAUACUGGUGUACCUCUGCGACACGGUGUACUUGAACAAGAAUGUGUCCCUGUUGCUAACGAGCGUUCUGUCCGAUCUGCUGAAGAGAUACCACGCGAGAUUGGACUUCAGGACGGAGCUGCCGGGACUGAGCUCCUUUGUCGAUCUGUUCACGGCGAUAUGCGAGCACUUCUGCUCGAGUUCGUACGGCGACGACGGCUUCGCCACGAUUCUGCUGGUACCCGUGGCGCAACGGCAUGACGCGCACUACAGGAAACUGCUGUGGUCGGAGCACGCGGGCGUGCUUCGCUACUUGAGACUGCCGCCGGAAAAGUUGAUGGUGCCGUUAAAGGAGUAUCUGUAUCCAGAGGAGGAGGACGCGUCUCUGAUCGAGAGUUACAUCACUGCGCUGGUCCGGGGUGUGGUCAGGGAAACUUGGUGUCCCAUUCCGUAUGCGAUCGCCCUGCACCAUUCAGCGAUGUACCUCAAACGCCCGAAUAAAUUGGCGAUGCGGAUGCGAACGCAAGUGGAAAAGUUGCGCGACAAGGACAUCGCCGGCAAGUUACUGCAGUAUGAGCCACCGCGGUUAUAGAUACACCACACGCUGGAAUCCAACGCGAUAGACUUUAUAUAACAGAUCUCUCUUCUUCGAUUUUUGAAGCGCGAGAUUUCUAUACGGAUCUUGAUGGACAACGAGGAGGAGGUCUUUUUUUUUUAUCAAUGAGUGUAUUGCUCUCAAUUUUUUUUUCUUUUUGCGACGAAAUUUAUUCUUACAAUUGCGCAGUAUUUCGCUAAAAUAUAUGCAUUGUUAUCGAUUCUCUCGCGAUUUCAACUUUAAUUCGUUGUGAUUUGUUUCUACGGAAAUCCGCAACGUAGAUCAAUGCGACUUUCACUUCUUUAUUUCAGUUAGAGAAAGUAUACAGAUAUACAUCUUGUGUUAUCGUCGGACGCGUGUAUACCGUGCGCGAACGACGGCGGCUUCGUUAAAAUCCAUUCGAACGAGUAAAGAGAGAGAGAAACAACCUGUGCGUUUAGAGUAUAAGCGUAGAGGCACUGAUUGGUCACUUCGCGCCAAAGUUUCCAAGUGUUUAAGGUGCUUCGAGUUCCUAUCGUAAUAAAUCUGAAAAUGCUUCUACAAUUCA